AUGACGUCGCGGGGAGCGCCGAUCCGCUUGGCGUGCGAGCGACCACGACGUGCGCACGCGGACGCACGUCCGACGCGGCCGCGAUCUGCGCCGGGGACAGCGCGGUGGCGGCUGGUGGAUGCGGGGCAAUGGGCCGCUGUCUGCGGACAACGCACGAUGGAGGAGCGGGCUGACGGGCAGACGAAGGGGCAGCAUUUCGCAGCGGCCAGAGCCGCGGAAUCGCCGCACCGGGGCCCGCGGCGAGAACGCUUCUCUGCUUCCUCCCUCUACCACCCUCCCUUUGCCCUCCCCGCGACGAUGCCGGGCGGCCUCGUCGUCGUGGACGACUCGGACAAGGCGAUACACUACGCGGGGAAGUGGGGCACGUCCGGCUCCCCCGCCGAGUACAAGCACACGACGCACUGCUCCGUCACCCAGGGCUCGACCGCGUCCUUCUCUUUCGUCGGCACAUCGAUCGGCGUCUAUGGCACGGUCUCGGCGAACGCUACCGGCGGCGCGCUCUCCUUCCUGCUCGACAACACCCGCCGGGCGACAUACACCGCCGUGCGCGCGGCCGGUGUCGUGCACCACACCGAGCUCUUUGCCGCCGCCGGCCUCGCCGACGGCCCGCACACGCUCGUGAUCACGCAGGCCGCCGUGCCGACGCCCGCGCGCAGCGUGCUCUACUUCGACUACAUCACCUACGCCGCGAGUGCGGACGGGCCGGGGCCGUAUUACGUCGACGAUAGAGAUCAAGGCAUUGUGUACAGCCCGAAGUGGACGGACGUCGCGGACGAGAUGAACUUCAUGCAUACCAGCCGUGCGUCGCCGGGGCCCGGCGCGAAGCUGACCUACACCUUCUCCGGCCGGGGCAUAUCGUACUACGCCCCCAUCUCCGCAGGCGCCCGCCCGAACGCGUCCUUCGCCAUCGACGGCGGGCCGCCCGCGCUCUUCGUCCCCCCGACGACCGCCGCCGCCGCGGCGCCGAACACGCUGCACUACAGCUCGGGCGACCUCCCGGACGGGCGGCACACCCUCGUCGUCACCGCGCUCGGCGCGGACCCGCUCUGGGCGGACUACCUCCUCGUCGUGCCCCCGCUUGCGGCCAGCGCGAGUGCGAGUGCGGGUGCCGGGCCGAGCGGCUCCCCGUCGCCGGCGCCGGGAGAGCACGGGACGGUGAGGCCGGAGGAUGAAGACGACACGUCCGGCCCCAGCGUCGGCGCGCUCGCGGGCGGCGUCAUCGGCGGGCUGGUCCUCCUCGUCUUCCUCGCCCUCGGCGCGCUCUUCCUCCGCCGCCGGCGUCGCCGACUGCGGACCGCCGGCGCGCGGCUGGGCAUGUACUCCCAGCACAGCCCCACCUCGGGACCGGGACCGGGCGCACCGGAGAGCGUCGUCGCGCCGUUCUUGAUAACACACACACCAGAUGAUCGGUACAGCGACCGGCCGCCGUCCGGCCCCCCCUGUGCCCGACUCGGAGCCCGACGCGGCGUCGUCCUCCUCCCAGCGCGGGAGGCGGCUGCCGGGCACGCCGGGCGCCGGCGCAGACGCGAAGCUGGCCGCCGAGGCGCGGGGCACGCGUACGGCUGGGCCGGCCUAUACGGGCGCGGGUGCUGGGGAGCGGGAGGAGGAGGAAGAGGCGCCGCCGGGGUACCAUGA